CGAUGAUCCCACGAUAUCCCACUACUGUCACCUCACAUGACCUCUCUUCAGCGUGUGGACCUCCGUCGAGCGAAGUGCAAUGACGGAAGCUUCGGCGCUUUCUGGUUUGCCUCCGGGCGGGGUGACCGCACGGUGUGGCACAUCCAUUUACAAGGAGGUGGAUACUGCCAUGAUGAGGAGAGCUGCUUCUCCAGCAGGCACAGCCAAAAGUUGAUGUCAUCCAAUCAUUGGCCCAUGCGCAUCCAGAAAGGUGGUCUCUUUUCGGCUGGGACGCCUGGGUUGGAUGAGGCAGCCCAUGCCUUCAUUGGGUAUUGCAGCUCUGAUUCCUGGCUGGGCAACUCCUCCCAGCUCUGGCGGGGCCGCGCCUUUUACUUCCAGGGCUCCGAGAUCUUGGUGGAAACGGUCGAAACCUUGCUGAACUUUGGAAUGAAGCACGCAAAGCUUGUGCUUUUCAGUGGUUGCAGCGCCGGUGGUCGAGGACUUCUCUACAACUUGGACGGCCUUUGCCACCUGGUGCGCCAAAGUGUCUCCCGAUCUGCGCGGUGUUUGGGGCUGGCCGAUUCCGCCUGGUGGCUGGAUAGUGUCACCACCGCGAAGGGCCUCGUUUGGCAGUCCUGGCUGCGGCACGUCGCCGCCAAGGGAGGUGAUGCCUGGGGAUCUUCAUACCUUUCUCAACCCUUGUGGCGAUGUCGACAAGCGCAGCAAGUCCGACGAGCCGCUGGGCCCACGGACCACGCAAAGCGAGCAGGACUUGCCCAGCUCUCCCCGAACAUCAGCCGCUUUGACUCCUGCCUCUUUGGGCCUUUCUUGGCCGAGCACCUGCAGACGCCCGUCUUGGCCGCCGUUUCGCUGAACGAUUGGUUUCAGUUUGACCACCUGGCCAAGAGCUAUCACAGCAUCUUCUUGACCAGUGGCCCUGAUGGCGGGCCUGCAAGCCGGCAAGACUUGGAGGUCAUUGCAGCCUUGCGCUCGGGAUUUCGAGAAACCUUGGCUCAGUGGGUGGAUGCUGCGGAGGAUGCCUCCAGGACGGUCUUCGCUUCUGGAUGUUUCGGCCAUUGCAUUACCGAAGAUGCUCAGUACUUCAACAUCCGCUUGCGUGAGGGGCCAGGCCAAGGCAUGUCCCUGAACGACACCACAGCUGCUUUCCUGAGCGGCGCCAUGAACUCCAAGGCCUUCAUCGAACAGUGCCAUUGCAGCACUUUGAGCUGCAGUGAUGGCUGUGCCCCUCGAAAGCUUUGGAAGGUGAUGCUGAAAGGCUUGGCCGAAUAUGUGUUGCUUCCACUUCUGCUGCUGUGUGUGCUGCGGCGCCUUUGCUGUUCCAGGCGGUCGGUGGAGCCACUCCUGGGAGCGCCAGGCUCAGUCAGUUGAGGCUCCUCAUGCGUGAGAGGCGAACAAAAAAGUGCCAAGCCACAGGCAAUGCACGCAGGUCGUGGGGAAUAGUCGUGGAAGUGAGU